AUGAAGAGUCUUCUGCUUCUGUUUUUGCUUUUUAUAACUUUUUCUUCUGCAUUUCCUGUCGACCAAAAUGAAGAAAACAUGCAACUGGCCCAGGCAUAUCUCAACCAGUUCUACUCUCUUGAAAUAGAAGGGAGACAUCUUGUUCAAAGUAAGAACAGGAGUCUCACAGACGGCAAAAUUCGGGAAAUGCAAGCAUUUUUUGGAUUGACAGUGACUGGAAAACUGGACUCGAACACUCUUGAGAUCAUGAAGACCCCUCGGUGUGGGGUGCCUGACGUGGGUCAAUACGGCUACACUCUCCCUGGGUGGAGAAAGUAUAACCUCACCUACAGAAUAAUGAACUACACUCCGGAUAUGGCACAAGCCGAUGUAGAUGAGGCUAUCCAAAAAGGUUUAGACGUAUGGAGCAAGGUUACUCCACUAAUAUUCACCAAGAUUUCCAAGGGGAUUGCAGACAUCAUGAUUGCCUUCAGGACUCGAGUCCAUGGUCGGUGUCCUCGUUACUUCGAUGGCCCCUUGGGAGUCCUUGGCCAUGCCUUUCCUCCUGGUCUCGGUCUGGGUGGUGACACUCACUUUGAUGAGGAUGAAAACUGGACCAAGGAUACAGCAGCAGUGGUUUUUAUUCAACACAGGCACCUGUGGAGGACCUAUUAUGAUAUCGCCAACGUUGAAUUUGAAUUAAUUGCUUCAUUCUGGCCAUUGCUGCCAGCUGACCUUCAAGCUGCCUAUGAGAACCCCAAAGAUAAGAUCCUGAUUUUUAAAGAUGAAAAUUUCUGGAUGAUCAGAGGAUAUGCUGUUCUGCCAGAUUAUCCCAAAUCCAUUCAUAUACUUGGCUUUCCAAGAUCCGUAAAGAAAAUUGAUGCAGCUGUCUGUGACCAAAACACGAGAAAAACCUACUUUUUUGUGGGCAUUUGGUGCUGGAGGUAUGACGAGAUUACCCAAACCAUGGACAAAAGUUACCCACAGAGGGUGGUAAAACACUUUCCAGGAAUUGGUCUCCGUGUUGAUGCUGCUUUCCAGUAUAAAGGAUUCUUCUAUUUCUCCCGUGGAUCAAAGCAAUUCGAAUAUGACAUUAAGGCAAAGAACAUUACCCGAAUAACAAGAACCAAUACUUGGUUUCAGUGUAAAGGACCAUUUAACUCAUCAUUUGAUUUUAGUAUUAACAAGGAAAAAGUACAUUCAGGAGGAGUGGAGAUAUUGUAUCAUAAGAGUUUAAGUUUGCUUAUUUUUAGUAUCGUUAAUCUGCUGAAAAAAUUUUAUAGUUAUUAA